GUGCCCACAGGUGUUCACUGGAGAGCGAAAAGGCCUCGUAGUCCACCUCGAGCUCUCGUCUCAAUCCCUCUCUCUCCAUCCCCAGCCACAUUAUUAUUCUUUCUUUCCCCAAUUUCCACCCCUUUAUCUCCUCCCAACCCUAAUCCAAACCCUUAGAUCGGGUUUGGGGUAGCUCUUCUCUCCCCCAGUCCUCCACGGCUCCCUGGAAGCUGGCCUUUUGCGAGGUGAAACGCCUUCUUUUUGUACUGAUCUUCGAGAAUUUUACACUGGAAUUUUUGUUUGGAAGGAGCAGGAGACGAAAUUUGAUUGGAGAACUUUGUUUUGCGGGCUCUGCAGGCUGAGCGUGGAGGAAGAGAACGUGGAAAAAUGUCAAGUGGAAACACACAUUGGUGUUAUGCUUGCAGGCAAGCAGUCCAUCCUUAUGGGCAGGACAUGAUUUGCCCUUACUGCGAUGGAGGCUUUGUGCAGGAGCUGAAUGAGGUAGAUGGGGGUGUCCUCAGCCCUUUUGAUUUCUUCGGACUGGGAACCAAUGAACACCAUGACCAUCGAUUUGGAAUUAUGGAUGUCUUGUCUGCCUUGAUGAGGCAGCGGAUGAGAUUAAGGAAUGGGGAUGUUGAUGUUCGUGGUAGGCCUGGUAUGACUGCAGAACAUGGGAUGAGCUUUGGCCCAGUUCCCUGGCUGAUCUUCCAUGGCCAGCUUCCUGUUCGUGUGUCUGAGAAUGGAGGUAUUGAGGUUCUUCUGAAUGGGGCCCCAGCUACUGGGCUGCGGCGUGCCAAUAUGGGGGAUUACUUUAUUGGUGCAGAUCUGGAUGAGCUGAUUGAACAGCUUACUCAGAAUGAUCGGCAUGGCCCUCCGCCUGCUUCACAGUCAGCAAUUGAUGCCAUGCCUACUGUGAAGAUAAAUCAGAGGCAUCUUCGUGGUGAUUCACACUGUCCAGUAUGUAUGGACAGAUUUGAGUUGGGAUCUGAAGCAAGGGAAAUGCCAUGUAAGCAUUUAUAUCACUCAGAUUGCAUUGUUCCAUGGUUGAUCCAGCACAAUUCCUGCCCUGUUUGUCGCCAUGAGUUGCCGCCACAGGGCUCUGGUGGUAAUGUUCGCCGUCGUUCAAGCAGUCAAAAUCAAAAUCCAAGCACUGGUGCUAGAGAUAGUGAGAAUAACAGAUCUUCCACAAGCAGGGAGAAUGGUGGAGAAAGUCAAGGCAGGCGAAACCCAUUCUCCUUUCGGUGGCCUUUCCGCUACUCGAGCUCUAGUUCUACUUCUCACCGGAAUGAAUCGGCAGGAAACAGUUCUGCUUCUGUUCAUGAAGAUGUUAACCCGAUGAGUUAUUCUGGCUGGCCCUUUGAUUGUUGAAAGCUAUCUUCAGCUAGUUUUAUGGUAAUUCUCCUGUCAACAAUCAUAGUAUACUUCUUACAGUUUCAUGUUCUGUAUUCAGCUAGAUUCUACUAUUUUCAUUGUGACACGGAAUUGAUAUUUUCGUUUGAAACCCUUGUUGUAUGGUCAUGAAAAAUUUUAAAGGUCUUCGGUGACAUACCUCUCUUCAGUGUAAAUGGUGACUGUGUUUUUCUCUGCUGCAUUUGCUUCUUA